AUCUGGUACAGCGGGCUGAGCUUCUUCGGGUAUCGUCCGUUCGUCCGUCUGUCCGUUCGAGUUGUUCGCGUGCCACCUGGCAAAUCGCGGUGCCAGGUUCUUCGUCUCAUUGUUUUCCCUUUUUCUGCCCUCGCCUUUAGGAUUUAUGGUGCGCUAGUGGACGUGCUGCACAGGUGCGAAGCAGUCUCAUGUGUUACACGGUGCACUGAGCUUAUAGGGACGAAGAAGGCGGAAAAAAAGGAGAAACUGAGGGACCCUCGGUGGAAUUUCUUUAGACAACUUUGCGAAACGGUCGAAAUGGGAACGUGCUGGUUCGCAGUGUGGGUGCUCUUCGUCUGUUUCAUCGGCGAUGCGCGGCCGCAAUACAGGGAUAAAAAUAUAAACGACUGUCCAAACUGCGUGGACGAACAUAGCAGCAGCUUGGCGGCUUCAAGAUGGACGAUGCCUUUACUGAAGCUGGGCGAGAAGAGAUACUACCUGGGGAUCUUCUUCAAGGCAAACUGGUACAGAGCCUCGCAAUACUGUCGUUAUCACGGGAUGCAUCUGGCGAGUAUAGCCUCGCAAGAGGAGAACGAUAGACUUGAGAAGCAUAUCAAGGACUUCGGUCUGGGUCACGAGCAUUUUUGGACCUCUGGCACCGACCAGGCCGAGGAGGGGACUUUUUUCUGGAUGGCUAAUGGUAGGCCGAUCACGUUCGAGAACUGGAACGUCGGCGAGCCAAAUAAUUUCCGAUACGAGAACGGCGAGGAGGAGCAUUGCCUGGAGCUUUGGAACAGGGAUGGCAAAGGGCUCAAAUGGAAUGACAGUCCCUGCAGCUUCGAGACUUUCUUCGUCUGUGAAGUGCAGUGAUCAAUUUGCGAGAGAGGCCGGAGGGAGAGACUAAACGCGCGGGAAUAUUCGUGUGCAAAUCACCGAUUUGCAGCGUGUCCUCAAGGUGAUUCUCGAGGAAACUGCGUGUGACGUUCUCAUCGGCCGUCCGUUCGUUUCAGUGGACUUAGCAAGGUAGAGAGAGAGACUUGACGUGACAUGUGCGCUCGGACUGAAAACGACGCGUGAUUAGUCGGCCGCUACCGUUGUCACGUUUCGCACGUCCAGAAUUCACGUGUGUGUGCGCAAAACUACACCCAGUUCAGUCAGUUCUUUUCGUAAAAGAAUCACCAGGCGACAAACCGAGCGUUGGAUAAAUCCGCAUUGUCGGACGAUAAAAACGAUUCGUUCGUCCUUCGUACAGAGGCAGAGUGCUUGACAUAUUAGAUUAUGCAAUGUAUCUAGAUCCUUAUGUAUUUAAAAAGUUUUGUUUUAAAUUUAAAGGCCAAUAGAUAUUUCUAUUUUUAAAAAAAGAAAGCAUAAAC